AUGGCUGAACAGGAAGUACAAGAGGCGAUGAUGAAGUUUGAGCUAGAUCCCUCCUCACAGGCCCUUCGAAUGGAGAUGAAUAAAACAACAACCGAGUAUCUUUUAAGACUUAAGAUGGAAGAAGAUUUUUGGAGACAAAAGGCGGCGGUUAAAUGGGUGGCAGAGGGAGAGAGAAAUACAAGGUUUUUUCAAGGUUGGGUGAAACAAAAAAGAACCAAAACUAGAAUACAUAUGAUAGAAGAUCUACUAUCUUCGGAUGUGGGCGAGCUUGGUGAGCUGGAGCUGGAUAGUUUAAACUCUCUUCCCCCUGAUGUUGAGAUGGAAGCCUUAGAGCGAACUCUGGAUAAAGAGGAGGUUAGGAAGAUUGUUUUUGACAUCAGUACAAAUAGUGCUUCGGGGCCGGAUGGAUACUCAUCAUUAUUCUUUCAGGCCUGCUGGGGGAUUAUUAGAGCAGAUGUGGUAGAAGCAGUGGUGGAAUUUUUUCAUGGUGUGCCAAUCCCAAGAGGAAUUGAAGCUACAAUACUUAUAUUAUUGCAAAAAAAGAGAAAUCCUACUAAAUGGUUGGAAUUUAGACCGAUAAGUUUGUGCAACGUCAUGAAUAAGAUUAUAUCUAAACUGCUUGCUGUGAGAAUGGCUCCUCUACUGCCCAUGAUCACAGUCCCGAAUCAAAGUGGCUUUAUCAAGUUCUGUUGGCAAAGGAACUGUUCCAUGAAAUCUGGAAAGGUGUGA